AUGAUUCGCAGUGCCGGAGGAGUUCGUAUGUGUUGCCUGCGCCUCCCGUACACGGCGGAGACGCUCCUCCUUAAACCGUCCGCACUGACUUUCCGCCGCCGGAGACCUUUCGCCACCUCCUGCUCCGCAUCCGCUGCGGCGAAGAAAGAUAAGAACGAGAAGGUCAUUGUGGUAUCCGGUCCCACCGGUGCCGGGAAAAGCAGGCUCGCUCUAGAGCUCGCGAAGCGGCUUAAUGGAGAAAUUAUCAGUGCUGACUCUGUCCAGGUGUACCAAGGGCUUGAUGUCGGAUCUGCUAAGCCCACUUUGAGCGAAAGACAGGAAGUCCCUCACCAUUUAAUUGAUAUAUUGCAUCCCUCUGAAGAAUAUUCAGUCGGACAAUUUUUUGAGGAUGCAAGGCAAGCUACUAGAGAUAUUCUCAAAGCUGGGCAUGUACCAAUAGUUACUGGUGGGACUGGAUUGUACUUACGAUGGUUCAUAUAUGGGAAGCCAGAUGUUCCAAAAGCCUCUCCAGAGAUUACCUCUGAAGUUUAUUUAGAGCUUGCAGAAUUGCAGAGAAAUGAUGAGUGGGAGGCAGCUGUCCAGUUGGUGAUCAAAUCUGGUGAUCCAAGUGCUCAGUUUUUGGCUGCCAAUGAUUGGUAUCGUUUACGACGCAGGCUUGAAAUCAUCAAGUCUAGUGGAUCACCUCCAUCAGCAUUUCAAGUACCAUAUGAUCAUUUUAGGGAACAGUCCGAUUCACACACGGCAGAAUGUUCUCUAGGCAUCAAAUCUUCUGCUGAUGGAAUUCAGGGGUGUAAAUCAAAGGAUUUGGACUAUGAGUUCAUUUGUUUUUUCCUUUCAAGCCAAAGACUGGAUCUCUACAGAUCAAUUGAUUUCCGGUGUGAAGAUAUGCUUUCAGGAGCUGAUGGAAUAUUGUCAGAGGCAAGAUGGCUUCUGGAUCUAGGACUUCUGCCAAACACCAAUUCUGCAACUCGAGCUAUUGGUUACAGACAAGCCAUGGAGUACCUACUGAAGUGUAGAGAGCAAGGGGGUUGGAGUUCUACGAGCGACUUUUAUGCCUUCUUAUCUGAAUUUCAGAAAGCGUCUAGAAACUUUGCAAAAAGGCAAAUGACCUGGUUCCGUAAUGAGCACAUUUAUCACUGGAUAAAUGCUUCCAGACCCUUGGAAACAGUGCUCAGCUUCAUAUGUGACGCAUACCAUCAACAAGCUGGGAAUUUGACGGUGCCUGAAUCACUAACUAUGAAGAAAGAUAUAUCAAACACCCGAGAAGCUUCAGAACUAAAGGUUUAUCGAACCAAAAAUAGGCAAUUCAUCAGGCGUGAAGAUUGUUCAGAUAUUCUAGACUGGAUAAGAAGAACCCAGGGGCAACCAGCUGAAUCAAUUUGUUAA